GACAUAAUGAAAAGAACAAGGUUGACAUGCUUACGGCAUUGCGUGGUGCUCAACGAGUGCCGAGGGUAGGCUGAGCUGCUGGAUUUUGAUUCGCUCCUGGAAUGAACAAACGCUCUCUCGUUCUUCAGCACACCAGACGGAUGCAGCAAUAAAAUUCAUGGAGUGGACACAACUUUAAAGAAGGUGUUCCCGCCAUACCAUGUACUGCCCAUCCUUCCCUUGCGCCUGCAUCUCAUUCCUCCCCUCAUCCCUCUCUUUCUCUUUCUCUUUCUCUUUCUCUCUCCACGAGCUGCAGAAUCCAGCAAGGCCCUAUCCAUAAGCCGUACUCGAGUGCUGACAGGACCCCCACCGCCAUUCUCGACCACACCGCAUCGCCACCCAGCCCGGUCCAGGGUCAAGGUCAGCUUCAGUUCAAGUUCCAGCUCCAGUCUCAGUUCCGGCAGCAGACCCCUCCUCCAUGACUUCAUCACAGGCGAUAUCGACAUCGCCACUGCCUUCACCGCCAUUGACGAUCUCCAUCCCGACUGCAAAGACGAGCACCGGAGUCGUCUGUGCGUCUGUCUCAAACUCCAGCCCUGCUCUUCAACCGCUCGACACCCAGGAUGAAGACGCAGAAGAGGGUCUCGAUCACGAUGCAGUAGACCACUACACCUAUAACGGCCCAAAUAAUUACACGGUACAGCCUUUCUUCGCCUCCGAGCCAGAGUCGCCGUCGCCCAUCCUACCAGCCUGGCCAUCCACGCAGCUCAACCCAGACUACCUUGUGCCAUACCAUCCAUCCGUCCACAAGAAUAUCACUAACUAUUCACAGAUUCUUCUCGAUCAAAUCCGCCAAAAGUCGGCCUCUGCCGCACCAGCAGAGCCAUCAAAUGCUGUGUCAGGAGUCGGUGUUGCUGCGCCAUCGACCUUCAAAGGCAUCUCAAUCCUUCCCUCUGCAUUGUCAUCAGCGACAAAUAAGGAACCAUCAACAGUCGAAAAGUACUUUGUCUUCCAACCACACCAACGAGAGUUGCAGGGUUCGGAGCAUUCAUCACGGCAUCCCUCUCGGUCACACCCAAAAACGCUCUGCAGACGCGCUGCUCAAUCCCUCAGACCUGUAACUCGGUUCUUCAAGCGACUUUCGCGCUCUGUGAAAGGAACUGCAUCUGAGCAGCCCAAAAAGGGCAAGGAGAAAGCCGCAGAACCAUCGACACUAGCCCCGCCUCAACCUGGUGAGCCGGUCGAUUUAAGUUUCCAGUAUCUGCAAGCACGCGCGGAUAACAACGAGAUCGCGCCCCGCAACGCCAGUGAGCAGGAGCACGACCAACAGCGACCCCAGGAAUUUGUACAGUCCAUCCAACAUGCACCCAAGGUGAUGAAAAUUUUGGACAAGAUCAAGAACCAUGUUACUGAUCACCAUGAUAACAAGCAGGAGCAACCCAGCAACGAUCGAACCCACGGCGAUGAACAUACUGCAGUGAAAAACCAAAGCAUACACACACACACCGCAACUCCACCAGCAGCAGUAGCAAUAUCGGCACUGCAGAAAAAAAAGAACCGCGGAGGGCCACGGAUGCACCCAAAACUGCUGGAGCUCUAUGAAGUCACAGACCAUGUGUUGGGCGUUGGCACAUUCGCAACCGUCAAGGAAAUCAAGCUAAAGAGCACUGAUAGAUCAUAUGCGCUCAAAACCAUCCUCAAAAAGACAUUGCAAGGGAAAGGUGCUAUGCUGGAUACAGAGAUUGCAGUUCUAUCCAAGGUACGCCAUCCAAACUGCGUGUCGCUCUUGGAGAUGUUUGAGACCGAGGACGCCGUCUAUCUUGUCACGGAUCUGGCAGCAGGCGGGGAGCUUUUUGAACAGCUCCUGAAUAAGGGCUCGUAUACGGAAGGCGAUGCUGCACGCCUUAUUCACGAGAUCUUGCUGGGAGUCGAGUAUCUGCAUAGCAUGGACAUCGUGCACCGAGAUCUAAAGCCGGAGAAUCUGCUAUUCUUCGACACCACCGAGAAUGCGCGACUCAUGAUCACAGAUUUCGGAUUGAGCAAGAUUCUCACGAAUGGAAACGAUGUGUUGAUGACCGCUUGUGGUACGCCGGGAUAUGUUGCACCUGAGGUUUUGGAGAAAAUUGGACAUGGCAAGCCCGUCGAUAUGUGGAGUGUUGGUAUCAUUGCCUACACACUCCUCUGCGGAUACGCACCCUUUUGGGGAGAAGAUCAGCCUACCUUGUUCGAGAACAUCAUUGCUGGACAAUACGAGUACGAGGAUGAAUACUGGAAAGAUAUUUCCCCGCUCGCUAAAAAAUUUAUCGACUCAUUACUCGUGCGGCCAGCAGAAAAGCGGCCCACAGCAACUCAGGCGCUUUCCCAUCCAUGGUUUCGUACCGUGCUGGAUCAAGGUCUUACAGCACCAGCUUCGCCCUCGGAUAGUGUUGAUCUUCUGCCUAGUGUUCGCAAGAACUUUAACGCCACGAAUGUGUUCAAGAAGGCUGUACGGGCCGUCGGUAUUCUACGAAGGAUGCAGGGGGCUCAGCAACAUGGCCACACGCAGGGAGUAUCUCUGGACUCAACGUCGGAAGGAGGUGCAAGAAUGGUAGAGGUGGCGAGUGUUGAUGGUAUCAAAAAUCCUAGGUUUAGCUUCCACGAUGUGGUCAGUGCGGCCAUGUUGUCCAAGCAGGGUAUACGUUUGGAUGCAGUAUCGGACGAGAGCAAUUCAGGACAUGGACCAAGAAUUAUCAGUGAGAGCGAGGAACAUCUUGAAAAAAUCAGUGCUGUUCUCGAGGACCUCACCAUCAAAGCCAUAUGACCUAUUUCAGAUCUUUUCAUGCAUAGGCCACCAUAUCAUAUCCUCCUCCUGUAUUGUUAAUUCGAAUAAUAGGCCAUUUAUCUCAACAAACUUACUUCUCUCAUGACAAGAAAUAAGAUGAUUCGAGGCCCUAAUGGCUUGGUUUCUGGAAAUUCACAUUACGCACUCUAAAACAGUUGUAAAGGCGUUCAAAUUGAUGGCAGCUGUUCACGACUAGCAUUAGAUGCCGCUAUUUCCUUUCGUUCGUGCUAGUCCUAGUCUCCCAGGCACCCUUUCUUUACGGUUUAAAAUACUUGUUUUUUUAAGUUCGUUUUUUACAUAGUAUUUUAGAUAGUUUUUACAGCU